AUGGACAAUUCGGACGUGGAGGGCGGGAAUCAACUGAAGCGCGAGUUGAGAGGUCGUCACAUGCAAAUGAUCGCCAUAGGCGGUGCAAUUGGAGCUGGUCUCUUCGUUGGUUCUGGCUCAGCACUGCAAGCUGGUGGUCCGGCUUCUCUCGUCCUGGGCUUCAUUAUUAUUGGUGGUAUGCUGCUUCUCACCAUGCAAGCUUUAGCUGAGAUGGCCGUGCUCUUUCCCGUCAAUGGAGCAUUCUUUACCUACGCCGUUCGAUUCAUCGAUCCUUCCUGGGGCUUCGCAAUCGGCUGGGACUAUGCAAUAGGAUGGCUGGUGAUCUUGCCAUUCGAGAUCACAGCGGCUAGCUUGACGAUAAAAUUCUGGGACUCGGCAAAGGACAUCAAUAUUGCCGUCUGGAUAACCGUCUUCCUGGUAGCCCUGUCAGCCGUGCAGAUAUUCGGCAUUCGUGGCUAUGGUGAAGUCGAAUUCGUCCUGAGCAUCAUCAAAGUCCUGGCUUGCACCGGGUUCAUCAUCCUUGGUAUCAUUAUCGAUUGCGGAGGUGUGCCUACCGAUCAUCGAGGCUACUUAGGUGCUCGCUACUGGCAUCACCCGGGUGCGUUCCGUCAUGGUUUCAAAGGUUUCUGCUCCGUCUUUGUGACAGCCGCAUUCGCUUUUGGCGGCACGGAGCUCAGUGGCCUUGCGGCUGCAGAGGCGAAGAAUCCCUUGAAGUCUAUCCCACAAGCGACAAAACAGGUCUUCUGGCGCAUAGCCUUCUUCUACGUUGUAUGUCUCUUCAUACUUGGUCUGGUCGUACCAUCGGACUCAGAUGUGCUCUUGAACUCUCAUGGCGCCAAUACUAAAGCAUCGCCAUUCGUCUACGCAAUGGUUCUUGCCGGUAUCAAAGGUUUACCUUCAGUAUUCAAUGUGGUGAUCUGCCUCUCGGUGCUGUCGGUUGCAAAUAGCAGCGCAUUUGGAAGCACAAGGACCAUGCAAGCCCUGGCAGCUCACGGCAUGGGACCUCAAGCUCUUGCCUACAUUGACAAGCGUGGCCGUCCACUGUGGUGCGUGCUGAUUCAGCUCUCAUUCGGACUCCUGGCCUUCGUGAACGAGGCCACAAGUGGGGGGCCGGAGUUCUUCAACUGGCUCUUGGCCUUGACAGGACUGGCAAACUUCUUCAUCUGGGCUACCAUCUGUCUCAGUCAUGUACGAUUCCGAGCUGGCUGGAUUGCGCAAGGCAGAUCGAUCGAGGAGAUCCCUUACAAGGCCUUCUUCGGCGUUUGGGGUUCGUAUAUUGGCAUUGCGAUGAACAUCAUCUGUCUCAUUGCCUGUUUCUAUGUUGCUCUGUGGCCGAUUGGGGGCUCGCCGAAUGCUAAAGACUUUUUCGAAUCCUACCUGGCUGCUCCGCUUAUUCUGACCAUGUAUAUAUGCUGGAAAGUGUGGACUAGGGACUGGAAGCUCUUCAUCCGAGCCGCCGAAAUGGACGUGACCAGUGGUAUGCGACAAAACCUGACAGAGCUGCGAGAACUGGCAGAGGAGAGGCAGAGAACCCUUGGCCUGGCUAGCUGGCCGAGGCGCAUUGUCAGGGCUCUUUUCUAA